ACAUAACCUAAAUCCAUUUGACGUACUUACAGUUUUCUCUGAUCAUGGCGCCUCAGAAAUCGAUCUGGUUUUUAGUUGCCAUGUUCAUCAGUUUCCUAUGUUCUUCACAUGCUGUCACCUUGGAAGUUGGUGACGAUGAUGGCUGGAUCUUAAACCCUGUUGAAAACUACAAUGCAUGGUCCGGCAGAUUGAGAUUUCUGGUCAAUGAUACCCUCUAUUUCAAGUAUGAAGAUGCAACGGAUUCUGUUUUGGUGGUCGACAAAGAUGAUUAUGAAAACUGCAAUGUUGAUAAUGCCAUCGAGAAACUCGAUGGUGGUGAAUCGUAUUUCAAACUUGAACAACCGGGUCCUCAUUACUUCAUUACUGGUAAUAAAUCCAAUUGUGAUCAAGGUCAGAAGCUUAUUGUGUCGGUUUUGCACAUCAGAACCCAAUCGCCACCUUCAACUCCACGUGCUCCAUCAACCCUUCCACCAGCACCGUCAUCUCCUCUCACGGUAACCCCACCAUCUGCAACUCCAGUUUUGACUCCACCCGCAUCUACAGUAGUAAGCUCACCUUCUCCGCUUGGUAGUAAUCCGGCAGACAAGGCAUCAUCGACAUCAACGGUGGUUUCUGGUAAAACAGCUGCAUCACUUGUGACUUUGAUUAUUGCUUUGUGUUCGAUUAUUUGAUUUUUUUAUUAAGAGGUUUGAUGGGUGUGAUUGUUGUUUAUGUUAAUCGUGAGGGUAUUGGCGUAUCGCUGAUGGAUUUCACUAUAUUGUUUAUUUUCUUGAAUUGAUGAAUUGUUUGUUUUUUGAA